UUUUAUCGUGUGGUUUUUCCUUCGUCCACGUUGUCUUUGCCUUGCGUAUACCUUAGCUUUUGCAGCACCGAGCUUCGAUGACUCUGCAUGCGCUUGGUUGUUUACUGCGAUGCUGAUCCCUGUUUUGUUCUUCAGUUUAUUUUCUACGGCUUAUUUUAUUAUUAAUGGGAUUUGAACGAUCAAUCUCAGUUGGCAGGUAUAUCAAAUCUGCAGGGAUGGAAAGCAGCGCUUCCUCAAUGAAAUUUCGGGUCAAGCUUUAUAUUCGGUUCUUAAAAUUCUACUGUCUCGUGGGUUUCUUUUGGGCCUUUAAGACCUUUAUUUAUGUAUUGUAAGCCCUAGACUUUAUUGAUUGUAUUUGUGGGCAUUUGUUGCCUAUUUUAAUAAAUAUAUAUUUUUGAAAAAAAAGUUGUUGCGUGGCAAACGUGUACAACUUUCGAACAAAAGCAGCCAAGCAGGUUCCAGCCGUCAGAUGAAGUCAAAGUCAAAUUCCAAUUCCAAGUGGACCACGUUUCAGUCGGCGACUAGGGCACUAGUCAAAACGCAACUGCACCGACCUGCGGCCAAAUCCGGAAACUGUUAAAUAUAAAUAGAACACAAACCACCCUUCAAACACCUUGCAUUCAUAGAACUUGCUUCUCUCUUGAUCAUGGAUGAGCUUCAGAUUGCUACAGAAGAAGCAGAGGUUCUUCACAGAAUGAGCAACUGGGGUGUUUACUCUACCUUCGAUGGUUCUUAUGAUCCAAGAACUAUCGGCGGAAAGCUUGACCCCGACGAGCUUCGACUGGCGAAGUUGGAAGGGAUGAAACGCGAGUUAGCGAGGUUGCGAGCGAGGGAUGGAAAUCGAGAGUUUGAUGUGGUGCUGCGAGAGGUGGAGUUUGAGGUUAUGAUUCAACUGGGAAUGAUACUGGCGAAGAGUAUUGAUCCUGUGUUGAAGGGAUUGAAAAAGGUGAAGAUUGAAGAAGGAGAGGUUUGUGGGGUUUGUCAAGAAGAGAUGGAGAUGGGAGAUGAAGGUAGAGCUAUGGAGUGCAUGCAUAAGUUUCAUGGGUUUUGUAUUGUUCAGUGGUUGAAGAUGAAGAAGACUUGUCCUUUGUGCAGAUACGAGAUGCAUAUCCACCAGGAUACCAGUUUUUGAUAAGCAUUUUGUAAAGCAGAGUUCGAUCAGUUUAUCUUUUAUUUUAUCAAUUCUUUUGAUAAUUUGGAUCAGUUUGCAAUUCUUUUUUGUUCUAAAAAAUAAUAGAAUAGAUAAUGCAGAUAUUCCCGUUAUUUUAA